AUGUGCGGGUGGUUCAGGCGGCUGACUGCACCGCAGCGUGUCACUCAGGUGGAAGAGCCCCAGACAGAACAAUUACUCAGCGCUCUGAGGAAGCUGUCCCGGUGCAGAGUGAAGGGAUUAGCGCGUUCAGAAGAUUUUGAACAGAAAUUUAGAGAAGAAAGAGAUUCUCACUUACAAACAAGAGAAGUGAACCAGGAACUCAUUGAGCGUCUGAAAGCUGAUAACGGGGCUCUCCUAGCACAGAUGGAUGAGACGAAGACAGCUCUGGAAGAAAUGAAAGUUUCUCACCAGAAACUCUUAGAAAAAUAUAAUAAGGAUGUUCUUUCCACCCAAGAAAUGAUUGAACAUCUUGAAAUUGAGCUAGAGGAUGAAAAGGAGGCUCACCAAAUGACCAUAUCUCAGAUGCAAGCAAACAUCCCUGAGAAAAACAAACAGGAAGAACCAAAUAAAGAUCUCUUGAAAAAAAUACGCAUUUCACAUCAAGAGCACAUGUUUGAAGACAAACUUCUUUAUGCCAAACAAAAAGCAGAACAUUUUGAAAAAGCAUUUCAAAAGGAAUUUCAAGAACAUCAAAUUACUAAGACUAAACUGGAGGAUUUAAGCAGUAAAAUGACCCAACAGUGUGUUGCCCAGCAAACCAGUUUUCAAGAGACCGAGCCACAACUAGGACAGGCAGAAGGAUUUGAAAACGAAAUUAAGAAACAAAUCCAGCCACACGAACAGACAAAGACUAAGUGUGAGGAUUUAGACAGUACGGUGUGCGAACAGUGUGUUUGGCAUGAGCAGCGUUUCAUUCGCUUAGAGAAGGAAAUGCGCCAAAAACAUUUAGAAGAGCGAAACGUUUUAUUAGAUGAAACACAAAGAUGUGAAAGUGAGCUUAUUUUCGCCAAAGGACAGGUAGAAGGAUUAGAAAAGGAACUUGAAAAGCAAAUCCAGGCGCACGAACAGACAAAGACUAAGCUGGAAGAUUUGAGCAGUGAGAUGACUCAUGAGUUUGUUCGCCAACAGAAGGGUUUCAAACUCAGAGAGAAGGAAAUGCGCGAAAAACUUUUGGAAGAACAAAACGUUUUGUUGGAUGAAAAACAAAGAUGUGAAAAUGAGCUUAUUUUAGCCAAAAGACAGGUAGAAGAAAUUGAAAACGAACUUAAGAAAGAAAUCCAGGCACACGAACAGACAAAGACUAAGUGUGAGGAUUUAGACAGUACGGUGUGCAAACAGUGUGUUUGGCAUGAUCAGCGUUUCAUUCGCUUAGAGAAGGAAAUGCGCCAAAAACGUUUAGAAGAGCGAAACGUUUUAUUAGAUGAAACACAAAGAUGUGAAAGUGAGCUUAUUAUCGCCAAAGGACAGGUAGAAGGAUUAGAAAAGGAACUUGAAAAGCAAAUCCAGGCGCACGAACAGACAAAGACUAAGCUGGAAGAUUUGAGCAGUGAGAUGACUCAUGAGUUUGUUCGCCAACAGAAGGGUUUCAAACUCAGAGAGAAGGAAAUGCGCGAAAAACUUUUGGAAGAACAAAACGUUUUGUUGGAUGAAAAACAAAGAUGUGAAAAUGAGCUUAUUUUAGCCAAAAGACAGGUAGAAGAAAUUGAAAACGAACUUAAGAAAGAAAUCCAGGCACACGAACAGACAAAGACUAAGUGUAAGGAUUUAGACAGUACGGAGUGCAAACAGUGUGUUUGGCAUGAUCAGCGUUUCAUUCGCUUAGAGAAGGAAAUGCGCCAAAAACGUUUAGAAGAGCGAAACCUUUUAUUAGAUGAAAAAAAAAGAUGUGAACGUGAGCUUGUUUUAGCCAAAGGACAGGUAGAAGGAUUAGAAAACGAACUUAAGAAAGAAAUCCAGGCACACGAACAGACAAAGACUAAGCUGGAAGAUUUGAGCAGUGAGAUGACUCAUGAGUUUGUUCGCCAAGAGAAGCGUUUCAAACUCAGAGAGAAGGAAAUGCGCGAAAAACUUUUGGAAGAACAAAACGUUUUGUUGGAUGAAGUCAAACAAAGACAUGAAAGUGAGAUUAUUUCUGCCAAAGGACAGGUAGAAGGAUUAGAAAAGGAACUUGAAAAGCAAAUCCAGGCUCACGAACAGACAAAGACUAAGCUGGAAGAUUUGAGCAGUGAGAUGACUCAUGAGUUUUUUCGCCAAGAGAAGCGUUUCAAACUCAGAGAGAAGGAAAUGCGCGAAAAGCUUUUGGAAGAACAAAACGUUUUGUUAGAUGAAGUCAAACAAAGACAUGAAAGUGAGAUUAUUUCUGCCAAAGGACAGGUAGCAGGAUUAGAAAAGGAACUUGAAAAGCAAAUCCAGGCUCACGAACAGACAAAGAUUAAGUUGGAGAAUUUGAGCAGUGAGAUGACUCAUGAGUUUGUUCGCCAAGAGAAGCGUUACAAACUCAGAGAGAAGGAAAUGCGCGAAAAGCUUUUGGAAGAACAAAACCGUUUGCAAGUAUGCAACGCUUCAUUAGAGGAAAUGAAACGAAGAUAUGAAAAUGACAUUCUUUCUGCUAGACAACACGUUACAACUUCACAAGGAAAUGGACGAUCACAAAAGACAAAAUGUCAGAUUCAAUAAGACAGUUCAGAGAUGGAGACAUUAGUCCAGCAAAUGAUGAAGAAAAUGAAACAAAUUUAUAGAAAACGUGGAGAAAUGAAGACUUUCAAUGAAGAAAUGAAAACAAAAUGUAGAUCAGAAGAUUUUUCUGCCAAAGGCAACGACUGCAGAAGUGACAGAAGGACUUAGCUGAGAGACAUCUCCAUAAACAAUCACAGGAGGUGUCUCUGCAGCGAGAAUCCUUGAAGGAAACAGACUCAGUUACAAAAGUCUCUAGAAGGUUGAUGGUGAGGACUAGCCCACCAUCUUUAAAAUUAAACUAUUACUUAGAGUUUACAGAAAAAUGGAUUAUUCUGGAAAAUAUACUGGGUAGGGGCCCUGGUUAGGCAUAGCUGUGUUAGAUACAGAUAGAAAUAAAAUAGUUAGAGUUUAAAAACCGGGCAGCACAAGAGUCUGUUGAGACUGCUACACUUGUGUUUGCGUGGGGUUUUCUCUGGGCGCUCCAGUUUCCCCCCAUAAACCCUAAACACUCAUGUCUGUGGAAGCUUCUGUCUGGGCCACACGAAGUUUAACAAAAGAACAUUAACAACUAGUUUUUAGAAAGGGACCUGCCUGUUAGCAAAAGAGAGUGGCCAUGUGUUAAAGAGGCCUAAAGUCAAGAUGUUUGGGUGACAUAGUAACCAAAAUCACCCCAAAAUCAAGACGUACCACAUUUCCCACGGCCGAACCGCUCGUUUGGGUGUAACGUGUGCGGAAGUCUGAGGACACGUGUUACGAACAUACACGUAAUUAUAAAUAAAAUGUACCCUCUCAGGCUCAAAAUAAGUUUUGAUAAAAGGACGAACAACUAAGUCCUUCAGGGGAACUUCUGAGUUAAAGACUGCUCAUGAAACACGCCUGUGGAGUAACCAGGUAGGUAGGUUUAACUGCUGCAAAUCUGCAACGCCUGCCUCCAGAGGGUUAAGGUGACCAUAUCAUUCUUUAGAAUCCAUUGAUUGAUUAGUUGAUUAUUUACAUAUGUAAUUCGUGAAUUAACUGGUAGGCCAAUUAAAGAGAAUUUUUUGCUGUUUUCUCACUAAUUACACAGUAAAUCGAAAUGCUUACAAAAGCAAUGGCGCCCCUCCCACUAGAGGUUUUAGCUGCAGGUCGAGCAGCAAAAGCAAAGAACAACUCUGAAUAGCAAACUUUGCAAAGCAAGAAUUUGAUCUACUUCACUAGGCUAGUAGAAACAGUAACGUGAGCCUGAUUGAGAUUCUAAAGGAUUCAUUUUGCAUCCCUGCAAAAACAAAAGUAAGUAAGUAAAAGUUUAUUUAUAGAGCACCUUUCGCAGAUAUAAAUCACAAAGCGCUGUACAACAUGAUAAAGAUCAGGGCAAAUACCUCUAACCAAUAAAAACAUCAGAAAAACAAUAGCAGUGAUAAAAUAGUAAAUAAAAUCAUGAGUAAAAAGAAAGUGAAGAAGUGAACCCGAACAAAGCCAUCUUUUAGAACAUUUAGGGAGGGAACGCCUGGAUGAAAAGGUGAGUUUUUAGAUGAUUUUUAAAGACCUCUACAGUGUUAGAGAGACGGAGAUUUGAAGGUAGACUGUUCCAAAGCCUGGGUGCAAUAGUCUGAAAGGCGCUGUCCCCUUUGAUUUUCAGUCUGGUUCGAGGAACAGCCAGGAGGUUUUCAGAUGUGGAUCUAAGGUUCCGAGAGGUGGUGUGUGGGGAUAAAAGCUCAGAUAGGUAGCUUGGAGCCUGGUUGUUAAGAGCACUAUAGGUCAGGACUAAAACUUUAAACUGAAUUCUA